AUGUCACAAACAGUUUCCCGAGUAUUCGCUCUCACUACAGCUACGGUAGUAGCUGUAGCUGCAGGUUAUGCUCUGUACUUCGAUUACCAGCGGAGGCACAACCCCGGGUUCAGAAAGAACCUCAAGCGGAGCCUUAAGAAGCAGCGUGCCCAGGAACAUGCUGAGCACGAGGAAGCCAAGCAGGCUACGAUGGCGCAUGUUGGGGAGUACCUAACGAUGGAACUAAUUAAAGAGCCGAUCCCACAGGACUCUAACGAGAAGCAGGCCAGCUUCAAGGUGAACGUGGAGGAGGGUGAGAUGCUUGCCAAGGUUCCAGGUAAGGAGUUGGAGUCUGCCCUGAAGUUUUACAGGGCGUUAGCCAUGUACCCUAGCCCAGCUGAGCUGCUGGGCAUUUACCAGCGCUCGAUUCCAGAGGCAGUUUACGAGUACAUUGUGCUUAUGAUUGCCAUCUUACCGCCAGUUAACGUCUCCUCGUUUCUGAGCGGAAGUGCAUCUACGGCCUCGGUCCACGCACAGCCUCAGGAAGCGGUGGGUAUUGACGAAUAA